ACUAAAACAACAAAAAAGGAUAACGAAAGAAAGAAUGAAAGAAUAACCCCAUACAAAGUUCAAUUUUGCGCUAACGAAUAUACAUUUAGGGAAUUUAAACCACACAUAUUGUUACAAAAAAAAAAAAAAAAGAAGUAGCUUAUAGAAUAAACUAUUAGAGGAAAAAGUCAAAAAAGAGAGAAGAAAAAACCCCCCGCCCCAGGAUAUAGGAAAGCCCCAAAAAGGAAGAGGAAAAAAAAUCAAAUUCAUUCAGAAAACGUGCCACAGAGACGUAAAUGUCAACAUCUAGGAAAGCUUGAAAAGCUCCAGCUUAGCUUUCACAGGAAGCGAACGGGCGAGACAGAGAGAGGGAGAGGGAAAGGGAGAGAGAAGUGAAAGAGAGCUUUGGUCCAGGACACCAUCCCAUACAGCAGGAGUCCAAAAAAUUGCGGUUAUGGCUACAACGGGAACAACAGCCCAUCCCGAUGAUGCCAGCAGCAUGAGCGACGAUGUCUUCGAGGAUGCCGAAACGACACAGGCCCGCAUCGAGGAGUUACGUCGUCGCCCCUUUGGCGAUGGCUGUUACAAUCCCACCCCGCCACCCGCUGCCGCCGCCACCACCACCUAUGCCUAUGCCUCCUCCGCCACAAUUACAGCCUCCAGCACUAGCACUAACACAAACACAACAACAACAACGAUGUCGACGACGACGACGACGACGACGUCGACGACACCUUUCACACAAAAGCAUCAUCAUCCUCAUCAUCAGCAUCAGACUAGCCAAUUGAGCCUGACCUCAAGUCAUCACUAUCAUGAUGAUUCCCUUAUGGCGCCUGUUCAAAAAUCUGCAGUCUCCGGUUAUCCUGGCUAUCGACCCUCACGCGAGGCAUUGCAAAUGUAUGCCUACGGCUCGGAGGAAUAUGACUAUGAGGAUGAUUAUGAUGAUGGUUGGCGUUCGUAUCGUUACGAUGAGGUCGAUAUGCAUCAGCCGCCCCCAUUCGAUGAUACUGUCAAUCAUAAGACAAUAUUGCUCGGCGAUUCGGGUGUGGGCAAAACAUCAUUUCUGGUCAAAUACAAUACGGGCGAGUUUCGUUUGGGAUCCUUUUCGGCGACUGUGGGCAUUGCUCUAACGGUCAUUAUGCUGGGCGAUUCGGGAGUGGGUAAGACCUCGUUGUUAAUACGAUUCCGCGAUGGUCGUUAUGUGCCAAGCUAUUUUUUGAGCACUGUUGGCAUUGAUUUUAGGAAUAAAGUGGUCGUGGUGGAUGGGACUCGGGUGAAGCUACAGAUUUGGGAUACAGCCGGACAAGAGCGUUUUCGUAGCGUAACCCAUGCAUACUAUCGCGAUGCCCAUGCACUGCUUUUGCUCUAUGAUGUGACCAAUAAGACCACCUAUGACAACAUACGGGCAUGGUUGGGCGAAAUAAGGGAAUAUGCACAGGAGGAUGUGGUCAUCGUUUUAAUUGGCAACAAGGCCGAUUGCAGCAGCAGUGAGCGACAGGUGAAACGGGAGGAUGGCGAACGUCUGGGACGUGAGCAUAAUGUGCCAUUUAUGGAGACAUCUGCCAAGACAGGACUAAAUGUGGAAUUGGCUUUUACUGCGGUCGCUAGGCAACUGAAGAGUCGCGGCUACGAGCACGGCGAUGAUGGAAAAUUCAAUGUGCAUGAUUUUGUACGUGACAAUACAAACACAAAGGCGCGUUGCUCACAAUGCAUGUAAAAUGUAAUAAUAAUAAUUUUUUUGUUCUUGCUUUUUUAUUUAUUUUUUAUUGUGACCCGCCCACCACCGCCACAUCCACCGGCCCCCCCACAAUCUCCAUCUACUAUCAAUUUCCCAAAUGGGAAACAUCCAUACGAAAAGAAAAAAAACUGCAAAAUAAACAAAAUGAGAAAUUUGUGAAAAGGAAAAAUACACUACGCAUAGGUGAGAGAUGAGGUAAAUGAAUUGGGGAGGGGAGUAGAGAUGUGGUGGUUUUGGGGGUGGGAAAAAAAAUAACUGGAGGAGCAUUUAAAAAUGAAAGAAACUUACACACAUACACACAAACAAACAAAAAAAUGUUGGCACCAAUUUUUUUAAGGACCCUAGAGAGUAGUGACAAAAAAGGGGGACACAUAACUAGAAUAGGCGAGGGAGGUAAAGAGAAAUACGCAAAAGCAUUUUGUAUGUAAAUUGGUUUGGUUUUGUAUGGGGGGAAAUGUAUAAAAUGUAUAAUUUGUUGGAAUGUACGUCCGUUUUUUGUUUCAGGGGCUUUUUUUUUUGGUUUGUGUUGAUUUUUUUUUUUU